CCAAUGACUGGUUUGGACAACACAGAGACAACAACAAUGAUAGCUUUGCUGCUGCUGGCGCUGGUCGCUCACUCCUCUGCUCUGCCUCUGCCAUCUGGGGACAAAGACAACUGGCUUUUAGCAGAGAAAUACCUCAGUCGCUUCUAUGGUCUUCCAGCUGGUCUUCAAGGUAGACAGGGGGUAUCAAAUGCCUUUGAGACCAAGAUCAAGGAGAUGCAGACAUUCUUCAAACUCAAGGUGACAGGGACUCUGGAUGACAACACUUUGGAGCUAAUGGAGCAGGCCAGAUGUGGUGUCCCAGAUAUCGGGGAGUACAACCACUUCCCUGGACACCUCAAAUGGCAAAAUAACAAUGUCACCUUCAGGAUUUUAAAUUAUACACCAGAUCUGCAGAAGUCGGAUGUAGACCGAGCCAUUCGCAAUGCGCUGAAUGUUUGGUCUGCUGUCACCCCUCUGAUAUUUAAGAAGCUCCACAAGGGCAAUGCUGACAUCAUGAUCAGCUUUGGAUCAAAAGAGCAUGGAGACUACAAUCCUUUUGACGGGCCUAACGGACUGCUGGCUCAUGCCUACCCACCAGGCCAAGGGAUUGGGGGAGACACACACUUUGAUGACGAUGAAGACUGGACCAAAGAUUCAUCUGCUUACAACCUGUUUAUAGUGGCAGCCCAUGAGUUGGGCCAUGCCCUCGGUAUGUCCCACUCCACAGACGCGGGUGCCCUGAUGUACCCCAUCUACUCGUACACCACGGGCUACCCGCUGGCUGAAGAUGACAUUGAAGGCAUUCAAGCUCUCUAUGGUCCAAACCCAAACCAAAGGAAAGUGAAGCCAAAGCCUGACGCACCCAACAAAUGUGACCCCGGGUUGAGUUUUGAUGCUGUUACAGAGCUCAGAGGGGAGACCAUCAUCUUCAAAGACAGAUUCUACUGGCGUCUCCAUCCUCAGAUGCCGGAGCCUGAGCAGACGCUGAUCAAGUCCACAUGGCCCUCCAUCCCCAACAAGGUGGACGCAGCUUACGAGAACCCAGAGAAGGAUAUAGUCAUCAUAUUCAGUGGGAUCCGAAUGUGGGCUCUGAAUGGGUACAACCUUUUGGAUGGUUACCCCAAGUACAUACACAAACUCGGCCUUCCCAAGACCAUAAAGAAAGUAGAUGCAGCUGUGUACAUCAGCGACACACGCAAAACUCUACUCUUCACCGAUGAGGACUAUUGGAGCUACGAUGAAGCGACAGGCACAAUGGACAGUGGUUACCCACGACCCAUCGAGGUGGAUUUUCCUGGAAUGGAUGACGAGGUCGACGCUGCCGUUUCUCACUAUGGAUACUUGUAUUUCUUCCAUGAACACUUGCAGUAUGAGUACAGUUACACCUCAAAGAGGGUCUUACGCAUCCUGAGGACCAACUCCAUUCUCAACUGCUGAUGAAGUGGUCUGCGACUGUCAACCACUGCUUGGAAAUGUGCAAAAAUAUAGUUGGCUAUAUGGCAAAUGACAACAAACAAAAUAUAGACAAACACACAGACAUAAAGUUAAAGUGAGACAUGGGAAGAGGCAAUCCAAUGAAUGUGCAGGGAAACUGACACAUGCAGGGAAGAAAAAGGUUUAUUUUUACUAGUGCUGGACACAAGUAGGACAUGUAAUUUGUCAGGCACAGGAUGCUGGAAAAUUCCUCGUUUAUAUAUUUCCUUAGAUCAUAGCUAUUUAUUUUACAACUCUAUAUUUGUACAACAAGUUUCACUAUGGACUGCGAGAUCUUUAGCAGGUUAGGUUUCUUGUCAGUGACAGUUGACUUGGCUGGUCUUUGACCUUGUUAUUUGACCUCUUGUUACACGGAGAUACUGUAUAACUAUUUCAACAAAGAGCUUAGCAGUUUAAUAUAUACUGUAUUUAUCCUUAGAUUUUUGAAUUUUUAAAAAGUUAUUGUCAAUUAAAGUAGAGUGGAAAGAGAAGCUCUAUUAAUGGUGUCAUUGUUAAAGAGCUGUGUUGUUGUCACUUUCAGGUUCCAAAGACUGCAUUUAAUUUAUAGACCUCAAAAUUGCAGACCAAAUGCAAUAUUUUUCAAUAUAUUAACUUAAAGCAGA